GUCGCGAGAGCUCGGGGUGUCUGCGUGUGAAGUCUCGCGCUGCCCUCCCGCUGCCUGGAGGUCGUCGAGGAUAAGAGGCAAAAAAAAAAAGCCCGCCGAGUCCUUCCCUCAUUCCUGCCGACGUCUCCCGCCAUGUUCUCCCGCCUCACACGAUCUGCCUGCGCUGGGCUUCGCAGAGGAUUCGGCACCACCUCGCAGAAUCAUGCUAAAGUGGCUGUACUUGGCGCUUCUGGUGGAAUUGGCCAGCCUCUCUCCCUCUUGCUGAAGAACAGCCCCUUAGUCAGUCAACUCAAUCUCUAUGAUAUCGCACACACGCCUGGUGUUGCAGCUGACCUCAGCCACAUCGAAACAAGAGCUGAAGUGAAAGGUUUCCUAGGACCGGAGCAGUUGCCAGAUUGCCUAAAGGGCAGUGAAGUUGUAGUAAUCCCAGCUGGAGUCCCUAGAAAGCCUGGGAUGUCUCGUGAUGACCUGUUCAACACAAAUGCUACCAUCGUUGCUAACUUGUCAGCUGCUUGUGCCCAGCAUUGCCCUAAAGCUCUUAUCUGUAUUAUUGCAAAUCCGGUCAAUUCCACCAUCCCAAUUACUUCUGAGAUUUUUAAGAAACAUGGUGUAUAUAAUCCUAAUACAAUUUUUGGUGUCACAACUUUGGACAUUGUGAGAGCAAAUACUUUUGUAGCUGAGUUGAAGGGCUUGGAUCCAGCUCGUGUCAAUGUUCCUGUGAUCGGUGGCCAUGCAGGGAAGACCAUCAUCCCCCUAAUCUCACAGUGCACACCAAAAGUAGAUUUUCCUGAAACUCAGCUGGUGACCCUCACCGAAAGGAUUCAGGAAGCUGGAACUGAAGUUGUCAAAGCAAAAGCAGGCGCAGGGUCAGCUACGUUGUCCAUGGCCUAUGCUGGUGCCCGGUUUGUUUUCUCAGUCCUGGAUGCUGUGAAUGGGAAAGAAGGGGUCAUUGAAUGUGCCUUCGUCCGAUCGGAGGAGACAGAAUGUCCUUACUUUUCAACACCUCUGCUACUCGGGAAAAACGGUAUUGAGAAAAACUUGGGUAUUGGCAAGAUCACUCCUUUUGAAGAGAAGAUGGUGGCCGGGGCCAUUGCAGAGCUGAAAGCUUCCAUCAAGAAAGGUGAAGAGUUUGCCAAGAGCAUGAAGUGAAGCAUCAAUGAUGAAAGAGAACUGCUGUCCCCUUAAUUUAUUUAAGGUGCAUCAUGUCACUUUAAAGGCUUCUGGAGGCAAAAGUAAUAAUUUUUGCCCGAAGGCCCGAUAUUGACUUGCCCUCUAAUCUAUCAUUUGGAAUUCUGUUCUUCAAUUAAAAAAACUUAUUUUUUUCCAGGGUA